AUGGUACGGUAACUGCAUUGCUAGCUACUGUGCUGUGUUUACGUUUUUUGGGGAUUGGAUAAUGAAGGAUUAUUAAUUGGUCGUGUGUACUAGCUAACGUUAAUCAACAUUUGCUAACGUUAGCUUGCAAGCUAGCUAUAAUAUUCUGCAAUCUGGGGUGUAUUCAUUACGCCGAUUCUAUUGCAAAACGUUUCUUAAAUGGAAGCAAAAGGAACGAAACGUGGAGGGACCUAACUGAAUUUGUCCAAUAAAAACUUUAGUUUUCGUUGCAAAUCGCAACUGUUUGGACUAAUGAUUGCGCCCCAGAUCAGUACAUUGUACACUUUUCUGUCAGUUUAUUUGGGUUGAUUUGACAGCAUCUCAUCUCUCACAGCCUCUCAGGCUGGACAUCAAGCGGAAGCUGACAGCCCGGUCAGACCGCGUGAAGAGUGUGGACCUCCACCCGACCGAGCCAUGGAUGCUGGCCAGCCUGUACAAUGGUAGUGUCUGUGUCUGGAACCACGAAACACAGGUAAAUACACACACAAACACACACAGUUCCAGUUUGAUGUUGAAUACUUGCACCAUGGAGAUAAACAACUCAAAGCGAAACUUGUAUGCAGUUAAAAUGUACGAUUUGUAAAUAUCUCCCUUCCAGACCUUGGUGAAGACCUUCGAAGUGUGUGACCUUCCAGUGAGAGCAUCGAAGUUUGUAGCCAGAAAGAACUGGGUCAUAACUGGAGCGGUGAGUGAUACUGAUUAAAAUUCAGGACAAACAUCUAAUGAGAAAUGAGAACUUCUGAUGGUCUAUCUUAUCUUCCUCCACUUUGUGUUGACUCGGAGAAUGGAGAAUACUCGCUCACAGUAUUUGCAGGGUCAUAUGUUUUUCCCCCCUUCUCUCUGUAGGAUGACAUGCAGAUCCGUGUUUUCAACUACAACACCCUGGAGAGGGUCCACAUGUUUGAGGCCCACUCUGACUACAUCCGCUGUAUCGCUGUGCAUCCCACUCAACCCUACAUCCUCACAAGCAGUGGUAUGCAAUCAGUAACUCUUAUAUUUUAUGACUCCCGUCUUUUUAUACUUGUGUCAAAUGCACAAACUCAUUCUCUGUCACACAAGUAUGAUAUUAACUGACUGUUACAUCCUGUGUGUCCAGACGACAUGCUGAUCAAGCUGUGGGACUGGGAGAAGAAAUGGUCUUGCAGUCAGGUGUUUGAGGGCCACACCCACUACGUCAUGCAGAUCGUCAUCAACCCUAAAGACAACAACCAGUUUGCCAGCGCUUCUCUGGACAGAACCAUCAAGGUAACACCAGACAGUGUGUGUGUGUGAUGACUUUGCCUAACAAAAGUUGUGUGUGUGUGUGCUUACAACAACCAUAGAGUUUCGAUGUUUGUGAGUGUGUUGUUGUUUUUUUUACUGACAUGUCGUCUGUCCUAUCCCAGGUAUGGCAGCUGGGCUCCUCCUCUCCUAACUUUACCCUUGAGGGCCAUGAGAAAGGAGUCAACUGCAUUGACUACUACAGCGGAGGGGACAAGCCCUACCUCAUAUCAGGAGCUGAUGACCGCCUGGUCAAGAUCUGGGACUACCAGGUAAGACAGCGGUGGGAUGAAACGAUAUAGCCACUUCCAGAUCAUAACAAGCAGUGAAAUGACACUCUACUGUAGUAGAUUCAGAUUUGUAUGUAGAUGAGCAUGGCCGAAUUCUGUGUAACUCUGUCAGUAGUAAAUGCAGUCAUACGCCACGCAAAAGCAUCCAUUCACUACUACUUUACUAAGGGUGAGCGUUGUCCUGUGCCUCACCUACUCAAUGGAGGCGGGAUUAGUGGACUGUGUGUUUGCACGUGACUUUUAGUGUCUUGCUGACCGUUCUCACCCCAUUGUCUCUCACCAAGAAACAAGUUGUAUUGUAGAUGUUUGCAGCAGAGGAUCACUCUCUCUCUCUAUUUCCUCCUAUCAGAACAAGACGUGUGUGCAGACCCUGGAGGGCCACGCCCAGAAUGUGUCGUGUGUCAGCUUUCACCCAGAGCUGCCUAUCAUCAUCACAGGAUCAGAGGACGGUGAGGAAAUGCCUUAUACACACUCUCUAUCAUGUUCUGAUCCUCUGAAAGUACUUCUUCUGUUGUUGGUGAGCAGAUAUAUUCGCUCCACUCUGGAUGAUUUUACAUAUUGAAAAAUACAAAGUUAAAUAAAAACAUGCACACACACAAUUCUGAGAAUAAUAAUAAAAACAAUCCAUUCUCUGGUUCCAUAGGCACUGUGCGUAUCUGGCACUCGAGUACGUACCGCCUGGAGAGCACCCUGAACUACGGCAUGGAGCGUGUGUGGUGUGUGUGUGGCCUGAGAGGCUCCAACAAUGUGGCCUUAGGCUACGACGAAGGCAGCAUCAUCAUCAAGGUGUGCAAUAGAAACGUCAAUGACCAUAUAUUUGUGCAUAACAGUCAAAACUCAAGAACUGAUUUUUCACAAUGCAGGGUUUCCACUGCAAGUUUGAUAGAAUUUCUGUUUGUACACAUUGCACGCAUACUCUUUAAAACAAACUUUCUAUGUUGAAACAACUACUUGGUGACAUCUCCUCUGCGCCUCAUGAAAGCCUUGGUACUUUAUUUAUUCCAUCCUGUCCUCCUCUCCUGUGUGCUGUAGCUGGGGCGUGAGGAGCCAGCCAUGUCCAUGGACACCAAUGGGAAGAUCAUCUGGGCCAAGCACUCGGAGGUGCAGCAGGCAAACCUGAAGGCCAUGGGCGACGCAGAGAUCAAGGACGGAGAGAGGCUGCCGCUGGCUGUCAAAGACAUGGGCAGCUGUGAAAUCUACCCCCAGACCAUCCAGCACAACCCCAACGGAAGGUCAGUGCGCACUGCAUUGGACUCCCAUGUCAGCUAUUCAGUGAAUCUAUCCAAAUGUCUUGCACAACUGCGUGUUUGUGUGCCACACCUUUAAAGGCAACGCUGUUUUCAAAUGUUAUAUAAAAAAACUAAUUUGUUAGAAAACGUGGGAACCCCCCCCCCCACACACACACACACACACACACACACACACACACAAAACACACACACACUUCAAAACAGGUUCCACAUCUCCAGAAAUAAAUUCCUAUUUCUCCAAACACACUUCAACUUCAAGUCUUUUGAAAAUAUGGAUGUUUUAUAGAGCCCCUCUUUAAUAUAUAUGCGUUGUUUGUGAUGUCAGGUUUGUUGUGGUGUGUGGAGACGGAGAGUACAUCAUCUACACUGCCAUGGCCCUGAGGAACAAGAGCUUCGGCUCAGCACAGGAGUUUGUCUGGGCACACGACUCCUCCGAGUGAGUCCAUCACACACACCCCUACAAUUAAUUAACAGCAAUUUACCUUUAUAUAAUUUAAUUAACUAACCAAUCAGUUUUUAUGGUAUGUGAUUUACUCUUUUUAUUUCCAGAAUGGAUGAUUACUGUCUGUCACUCACAAAUGUCCAUGGUCUGUCAUGUCACAGGUAUGCCAUCAGGGAAAGCAACAGUGUGGUCAAAAUCUUCAAGAACUUCAAGGAGAAGAAGUCUUUCAAGCCAGACUUUGGUGCUGAAGGUAAGUGGAAGGCAGGCCAAGGUAGUUAGUAGUGCGAAUAAAGAUACUGCUAACAAAUUGUUAUGGCAGUUUUGAUGGAACCCGGCAAGUAAUGAAAAAGGUUUUACAACAAAAAAUGAAAUUAACGUUCUUAUUGGACAAAUCCAGGUAGUCCAUAUGUGUUUCUCUGUUUUCUUUCAACUGGUGCCUAAUGAAUACAACCCUGAUAUCAAUUUCCCUGCAGGUAUCUAUGGAGGCUUUUUGCUGGGCGUCAGGUCAGUGAACGGUCUGGCCUUCUAUGACUGGGAAAACACAGAGCUGAUCCGCCGCAUCGAGAUCCAGCCCAAACAUGUGAGUACUGCUGUAGAGAAAAGAGCAUCUUUAUCAAAUCAAAUUUUAUUUGUCACAUGCGCCGAAUACAACAGGUGUAGUAGACCUUACAGUGAAUUGCUUACUUACAAGCCCUUAAUGAACAAUGCAGUUUUAAGAAAAAUAAGUGUUAAGUAAAAAAGUAAAAUAACUUUUUUUUACCUCUACGGGAUCGGUGUCCCGUAUACGGGACGGUUGAGCUAACGUGCGCUAAUGUGAUUAGCAUGACUGUUGUAAGUAACAGCAAACUUUCCAGGCCAUAGGCAUGUCUUAUAUGGGCAGAAAGCUUAAAUUCUUGUUAAUCUAACUGCACUGUCCAAUUUAAAGUAGCUAUUACAGUGACAAAAUACCAUGCUAUUGUUUGCACAACAACAACAAACUUAUCAUGGCAACUGGUUUGAUACAUUCACCUCUGAAGGUAAAGAAUGUACCUACAUUCAGUAAUCUUGCUCUGAUUUGUCAUUCUAAGGGUCCCAGAGAUAAAAUGUAGCAUAGUUUUUAUAUUCAAAUGUAGGAACUGGGUUCUACAGUUUGAACCCCUGCUGUCUCUGGCUCGAACCCCUGCUGUCUCUGGCUCCACAUCCACCCCACCCGGCAAUCUAGAUGUGUGAAAGUUAGUGCAUAAGCUAAUGAUCCUUCAUGUAUGACAUUCCUGGGCGUGUGUAAACUUACAUUUUGUAUUACCAUAUCAUUUUUGUAUGUUCUCUAUAGUUACGUACUUGAAAAUGUAUCAAUUGACCAAUUCGGCACAUUUGGGCAGACUUGUUACAAAAUAGUCCAGUAUUGCAACGCUUCACUGGAUCAAUCUGAAACUUUGCACACACACUGCUACCAUCUAGUGGCCAAAAUCUAAAUUGCGCCUAAACUGCAAUAUUAUAUUGUGGCCUUUCUCUUGCAUUUCAGACGAUAAAAAAAUAAUUUCAAAAAAACUUUUUGUUUGUAUUCUCUUUUAUCAGAUCUAAUGUGUUUAUAUUCUCCUACAUUUAUUUCCCAUUUCCACGAACUUCAAAGUGUUUCCUUUCAAAUGGUAUCAAGAAUAUGCAUAUCUUUGGUUCAGGUCCUGAGCUACAGGCAGUUAGAUUUGGGUAUGUCAUUUUAGGCACAAAUUGAAAAAAAAGGGUCCGAUCCUUAAGAGGUUAAAGAGCAGCAGUAAAAUAACAGUAGUGAGGCUAUAUACAGGGGGUACAUAGUCAAUGUGCGGGGGCACAGGUUAGUUGAGGUAAUUGCGGUAAUAUGUACAUGUAGGUAGAGUUAAAGUGACUAUGCAUAGAUAAUAACAGAGUAGCAGCAGUGUAAAAGAGGGGGGGGGGGAUAAUGCAAAUAGUCAGGGUAGCCAUUUGAUUAGCUGUUGGGGGUAGAAGCUGUUAAGAAGCCUUUUGGACCUAGACUUGGUUCUCCGGUACCGCUUGCCGUGCGGUAGCAGAGAGAACAGUCUGACUAGGGUGGCCGGAGUCUUUGACAAUUUUUAGGGGCCUUCCUCUGACAUCGCCUGGUAUAGAGGUCCUGGAUGGCAGGAAUCUUGGUCCCAGUGAUGUACUGGGCCGUAAGCACUACCCUCUGUAGUGCCUUGCGGUCGGAGGCCGAGCAGUUGCCAUACCAGGCAGUGAUGCAACCAGUCAGGAUGCUCUCGAUGUUGCAGCUGUAUAACUUUUUGAGGAUCUGAGGACCCAUGCCAAAUCUUUUCAGUCUCCUGAGGGGGAAUAGGCUUUGUCGUGCCUCUUCACGACUGUCUUAGUGUGUUUGGACCAUUAUAUUUUGUUGGUGAUGUGGACACCAAGGAACUUGAAGCUCUCAACCUGUUCCACUACAGCCCCGUCGAUGAGAAAAGGGGCGUGCUCGGUCCUCCUUUUCCUGUAGUCCACAAUAAUCUCCUUUGUCUUGAUCACGUUGAGGGAGAGGUUGUUAUCCUGGCACCACACAGCCAGGUCUCUGACCUCCACCCUAUAGGCUGUCUCAUCGUUGUCGGUGAUCAGGCCUACCACAGUUGUGUUGUUGGCAAACUUAAUGAUGGUGUUGGAGUUGUGCCUGGCCAUGCAGUCAUGGGUGAACAGGGAGCACAGGAGGGGACUGAGCACGCACCCCUGAGGGGCCCCCGUGUUGAGGAUCAGUGUGGCAGAUGUGUUGUUACCUACCCUUACCACCUGGGGGCGGCCCGUCAGGAAGUCCAGGAUCCAGUUGCAGAGGGAGGUGUUUAGUCCCAGGGUCCUUAGCUUAGUGAUGAGCUUUGAGGGCACUAUGGUGUUGAACGCUGAGCUGUAGUCAAUGAAUAGUAGUCAUUCUCAUGUAGGUGUUCCUUUUGUCCAGGUGGGAAAGGGCAGUGUGGAGUGCAAUAGAGAUUGCAUCAUCUGUGGAUCUGUUGGGGCGGUAUGCAAAUUGGAGUGGGUCUAGGGUUUCUGUGAUAAUGGUGUUGAUGUGAGCCAUGACCAGCCUUUCAAUGCAUUUCAUGGUUACAGACGUCAGUGCUACGGGUCUGUAGUCAUUUAGGCAGGUUACCUUCGUGUUCUUGGGAACAGGGACUAUGAUGGUCUGCUUGAAACAUGUUGGUAUUACAGACUCAGUCAGGGACAGGUUGAAAAUGGGUUAAUAUGAUUACUAUUGUGGCACAUUUGUGUAGAUAGUACAGUUUAGGUUUCGGUUUUCAAUUUAGGUUUCGGUUUUCAACUGAUGCUCUCAUGCAUGCUUCAGUGUUGCUUGCCUCGAAGCGAGCAUAGAAGUAAUUUAGCUCGUCUGGUAUGCUCGUGUCACUGGGCAGCUCGCAGCUGUGCUUCCCUUUGUAGUCAUUAAUAGUUUACAAGCCCUGCCACAUCCGAGGAGCGUCUUAGCCGAUGUAGUACGAUUCAAUCUUAGUCCUGUAUUGACACUUUGCCUGUUUGAUGGUUCGUCGGAGGGCAUAGCGGGAUUUCUUAUAAGCGUCCGGGUUAGAGUCUCGCUCCUUGAAAGAGGCAGCUCUACCCUUUAGCUCAGUGUGGAUGUUGCCUGUAAUCAAUGGCUUCUGGUUGGGGUAUGUACGUACGGUCACUGUGGGGAUGACGGCAUCGAUGCACUUAUUGAUGAAGCCAGUGACUGAUGUGGUGUACUCCUCAAUACCAUCGGAAGAAUCCCGGAACAUAUUCGUCUGUGCUAGCAAAACAGUCGUGUAGCUUAGCAUCUGCGUCAUCUGACCACUUCUUUAUUAACCAAGUCACUGGUGCUUCCUGCUUUAGUUUUUGCUUGUAAGCAGGAAUCAGGAGGAUAUAAUUAUGGUCAAAUUUGCCAAAUGGAGGGAGAGAAUAUAUAGGGAGAGAAUAUAGAUAUGUGCAGGAGCAUCCUAGCAUGUACAAGGGUCUGUUUCGGUGAAUGUUUGCUUUUCUACCCAGUACCGUAUUGAUAGAAAUGUGCAUAUGACACAUUUGCAUUUUCAUCAUCAUGAAAUCAGGACUGAGAACACUGCAUCUCCCUCUUGCUUUCCCUCUCUCUCUGUUUGUAGAUCUUCUGGUCAGACUCAGGGGAGUUGGUGUGUAUUGCCACAGAGGAUUCCUUCUUCAUCCUGCGCUACCUGUCAGAGAAAGUAGCCGCCUCCCAAGAGAACAACGAGGGAGUGACCGAGGAUGGCAUCGAAGACGCCUUUGAGGUGUGUGUGUGACAGGCAAAUACUCUGAUAUUACCUUGUACCUGUACUGACCUAGCAGGUAGACUCUGCUACUCUACAAGGCAGGCUUAUGGAUUCUACCGAAGACAAAAGCAAAAUGCCUAUAGCCAUCCAGUAGGGGGCCCUAGACAACAGGACACCAGUGAACCCCCCCCUCCCUAAUCUGUCAGCCAUUUUGUGUCUGUUUUGAUCCUCCAGGUCCAGGGGGAGAUCCAGGAGGUGGUGAAGACAGGCCUGUGGGUGGGAGACUGCUUCAUCUACACCAGCUCUGUCAACAGACUCAACUACUUUGUGGGGGGAGAGAUAGUCACCAUCGCUCACCUGGACAGGUACGGUGAACCAGGCUUAUAUUUAUUAGUGCACAGCGUAGCAAUACGUUUUGCAACAGAAAACAAAAACAAAUGUCUUAUUGGACAAAUUCAGGUAGGUCCCUCCCUGUUUGGUUCUUAGUGAAUACGAUCCAGGAGUAAGAGACUGGAGUUGAAGAAUAAGUGGAGCUCAGUACUGCUGUUGCUUUGGGUGCGACUGCUGGGGGUGUAAGCACCAGUGUUGCGGGUAUAAGACCAGAAACAAUAACCUCUGAAUAUUCAAAGAGUUGCUUUAAAAAAAAAUUAUAGGCUAAAUGUUUGAUGACAGUCAGCCAAUGUAAAGCCAAAAGUCCCAACUUGUGUCCUCUUUAGGGCAACAUUUGAAUCAGUCAAGUCAUUUUGUGUUGAAAGCAGCAGAUUGACAUUCAUCCUACAACAAGGCUAUCCAACAAAUAACUGAAAUGAAUAAAUGGGGGAAGGGUGGAACCCCACUAACUUACUCUACAAAAAAUACACUUAGAGGUAGUUUUCUGGACACAGAUUAAAGUGGAACUGACAGCAUUUUAACUACUUUGCAGAUAUGAAACAGACAGUCAUAUCAGUCAAAAAUAUCAAAUUCCCAGUUUAUGCUACAAAACCAACUUUAUAAGAGGUUUUAAAAAUAGGUUAUAUUUUUACUAAAACUUUCAAGACAUACAGUAAGGCAUUGUUGGCAGAAUAGAUGGAUGCAAUUCAGUGCAUGAUUAAUAUAAUUCACCAAUACAUUUCUUGGUAGUACAAAAAAUAUUGCUAUCAGGUUAUAAAUCGAAGCUGGCCUGGUACAUUGUUUGCUGCCUCCAUUCGGGAUGCAGUGUUCAGUUUCAAUGACUCAAUAUUUUGGUCAAAAACUGAUUAAUGUAACUAAGGCUGGGAAUGUCAAUAUAAUCAAACUAGCAAGGGCAAUGAUCACAAGUCAGUCAACUUGGUUAAUAGGUUAGCGUAUCUAUUUAUGUAGCAGGCUAAAAAUACAGAGCCUAAUGUUAGCUAGCUAGCUGCUAGGAGGAUGUCAUGUCAUUGGACAAGUGGGUGAGUGGCUGACUUUUUCCCCUCAUCGUUUUUUGGUGGCUACAGCUAAAGAUGCAGGUGUCAUUUGGUUAGCUAGCAAGAAAUGUGAAUUGCUUUACUAGCUAUGCUGAACUGGAACGACUAUUCUCCACAGUUAGCAUGCAUAUCUCUUAGUUGUCAAUCAAAUGUAUUUGGCAUUGAUCAAAUGGGCGGGCAGGCAGUUCCCAUUAAAUUGUCAAAAUGUGGGUUGGGACAAGCAUGCAUUGGCAGGCAAGCUGCAGAAGGACGAGCAGGCUACUUUUCCCCCAUCGUUUAUCAGUGCAAUUUUGACGGCCAACUAUAAGCUGAACAAGAGGGUUUAUCUACUCUUGCCUCGUUAGAUUUGAGCUCAUCUGGCUCUGGCUAACAUUUGUUGUUGAUUUUAGGGAGGAAGAGAGAGCCUACCUGUUCAUGGUGGUUUGAACAAUAGGACUGUAAAGUUCCCAAAUGUAAGAGGAAUCCCGUGAUAUUUACAUAUUUGCAGAAACCCAUUCAGGUCUAUUUUGUGGCUUUUGGCAAAUGCUUUCUGACGAUCUAAUGGUCUAAAGUCGCUCUGUUGCUACUGCCUGUAAACACACAGUCCAGUUCAAAGUGAAUGAUGGCAGGCCCAUGUGGCAAAUGGCUUAUUUGCAUACACGCCUACUGUAGCUCUGAUUGUCUAUGGCGCACCGGUCUGUGUAGAGUAGGGUCCUGGACAAGGCGGACACGUUUUUAUUAGGUUUUAUUUACUGCAGUGUCUAUUAAUUGUCCAAAUGCACGGACACCUUCUCACUAUAUAUUGCUAUAGAAUUUUCACAAAUGCCUUAAUAUAAGUCAUUCCCAAACAUUCUAUGAAAGUGCUCAGAAAAUGUAAAAAAUACAUUUAAAAAAGGGGCGUCAUAUUCUUCCUUGGGGUGUAUGAACAGAUUUGUAUAAGAUUUCACGUUGCUAAAACGCUGUCAGUAACACUUGAAACCUAUUCCUAGACUAAAAAGAUCUUCCAAUGAAAAGAUCUUCCUUCGUUGAGCAUGCUUUUUAGUCUAGAACUAGGCUUUAUCUGUGCAUUGGAAACAAGCCCUAGAACGCCAUCUCAAAGUGUGAUCAGAUUCCUUUUAAAUCCCUAUAACAAAUGAUCUAUCUGCUCCAUCCAUAGGACCAUGUACCUGCUGGGCUACAUCCCCAAGGACGACCGCCUGUACCUGGGCGACAAGGAGCUGAACAUAGUCAGUUACUCCCUGCUGGUGUCUGUGCUGGAGUACCAGACGGCUGUGAUGCGCAGGGACUUUGGCAUGGCCGACAAAGUGCUGCCCACCAUCCCCAAGGAGCAGAGGACCCGCGUAGCACACUUCCUGGAGAAACAGGUCAGAAACGUCCUGUUCACAGAGGAAGUGAGGCGCAUAGAUUAAGUGGAAUUGGGUAUUUAGAGUCUAUGGUGGCGCCAGGGGGCAACGGGAAUUCUAGCUAGACUAUGGGAUGCUAGCAAUUCUGGACUCUCCAUUUCAAAACAAAUCAAGCUGCUUUUAUGUGGCUGCUGUUGUAUGUUGUGAGAACUGACUGUGUGUUUGCGUGAAAUGUUACAAUGUUUACUGAUAUGUUCUUGUUGGUCAUCCAGGGUUUCAAGCAGCAGGCUCUGGCCGUGUCAUCAGACUCAGAGCACAGGUUUGAGCUGGCCCUGCAGCUGGGGGAGCUGAAGAUCGCCUAUCAGCUGGCUGUGGAGGCAGAGGUGAGACCUACAGUAUACUAGGCUAUGGAGAGACCACUGCGCACACACUACAAGAGUUCAAAGACUAAUAUAUGUCAUAUAUAUAUAUGUCGUUCUACAAUUAGUUAUUCAAUACUCAAGACUAUCUGCUCGGUUUAAAUCUAUUCAGUCAACAUCUGAUCUAGAUCUGAAUGGACUGUAGUCAAUCAAUUCGUUAAAUUGAUUAACCAUCCUUCAGCUAAGCAGCCCUGCACUAAACAAUGCUUAACUAUGUAAUUGUUUUAGCUUGAAGUGAGGAUCCAACUCCGUACGAUAUCCUGACAGUACUGUAUAACGUGUACAGUGCAUUCGGAAAGUAUUCAGACCCCUUAACUUUUUGCACAUUUUCUUACCUUACAGCCUUAAUCUAAAAUAUAAUUUUUAUUUUUUAAAUCCUCACCAUUCUACACAUAAUACCCCAUAAUGACAAAGUGAAAACUUUUUGCAAAUGUAUUUAAAAAAAAAAAAAUAAUAAUAAUUAUUAUUAUUUACAUAAGUAUUCAGACCUCUUGCUAUGAGACUCGAAAUUUAGCUCGGGUGCAUCCUGUUUCCAUUGAUCAUCCUUGAGAUGUUUCUACAACUUGAUUGAAGACCACCUGUGGUAAAUUCAAUUGAUUGGACAUGAUUUGGAAAGGCACACACCUGUCUAUAUAAGGUCCCACAGUUGACAGUGCAUGUCAGAGCAAAACCCAAGCCAUGAGGUCGAAGGAAUUGUCCGUAGAGCUCCGAGACAGGAUUGUGUUGAGGCACAAAUCUGGGGAAGGGUACCAAAAAAUGUCUGCAGCAUUGAAGGUCCCCAAGAACACAGUGGCCUCCAUCAUUCUUAAAUGGAAGAAGUUUGGAACCACCAAGUCUCUUCCUAGAGCUGGCCGCCCGUCCAAACUGAGCAAUCGGGGGAAAAGGGCCUUGGUCAGGGAGGUGACCAAGAACCUGAUGGUCACUCUGACAGCCCACUUGGAGUUUGCCAAAAGGCACCUAAAGGACUCUGACCAUGAGAAACAAGAAUCUCUGGUCUGAUGAAACCAAGAUGAAACUCUUUGGCCUGAAUGCUAAGUGUCACGUCUGGAGGAAUCCUUGCACCAUCCCUACGGUGAAGCAUGUUGGUGGCAGCGUCAUGCUGUGGGGAUGUUUUUCAGCGGCAGGGGCUGGGAGACUAUUCAGGCUCGAGGGAAAGAUGAACGGAGCAAAGUACAGCGAGAUUCUUGAUGAAAACCUGCUCCGUAGUGCUCAGGACCUCAGACUGGGGUGAAGGUUCACCUUCCAACAGGACAACAACCCUAUGCACACAGCCAAGACAACGCAGGAGUGGCUUCGGGACAAGUCUCUGUGUAGAUUGAUGAGGAAAAACAACAAUUUAAUCCAUUUUAGAAUAAGGCUGUAAUGUAACAAAGUUUGGACAAUUAUUAUUUAACUAGACAAGUCAGUUAAGAACAAAUUCUUAUUUACAAUGACGGCCUACCAAAAGGCAAAAGGCCUCCUGCGGGGACGGGGGCUGGGAUUAAAAAUAAAAAAUAAAAUAAAAAUAUUUGACAAAACACACAUCACGACAAGAGACACCACAACACUACAUAAAGAGAGACCUAAAACAAAAUGUUGUGUUGCUGCCAUGCUAACACAGCAUGGUAGCAACACCACAUGACAACAUGGAAGCAGCACAACAUGGUAGCAGCACAACAUGGUAGCAGCACAAAACAUGGUACAAACAUUGUUGGGCACAGACAACAGCACAAAGGGCAAGAAGGUAGAGACACCAAACAAUACAUUUACAUUUACAUUUACGUCAUUUAGCAGACGCUCUUAUCCAGAGCGACUUACAAAUAGGUGCAUUCACCUUUAUAGCCAGUGGGAUCACCACUUCACAAUGUUUUUUUAAAAUUUAUUUAUUAUAAUUUUUUUUGGGUUGGGGUAAGGGGGGCGUAGAAGGAUUACUUUAUCCUAGCCCAGGUAUUCCUUAAAGAGGUGGGGUUUCAAAUGUCUCCGGAAGGUGGUGAGUGACUCCGCUGUCCUGGCGUCGUGAGGGAGCUUGUUCCACCAUUGGGGUGCCAGAGCAGCGAACAGUUUUGACUGGGCUGAGCGGGAACUAUGCUUCCGCAGAGGUAGGGGAGCCAGCAGGCCAGAGGUGGAUGAACGCAAUGCCCUCGUUUGGGUGUAGGGACUGAUCAGAGCCUGAAGGUACGGAGGUGCCGUUCCCCUCACAGCUCCGUAGGCAAGCACCAUGGUCUUGUAGCAGAUGCGAGCUUCAACUGGAAGCCAGUGGAGUGUGCGGAGGAGCGGGGUGACGUGAGAGAACUUGGGAAGGUUGAACACCAGAUGGGCUGCGGCAUUCUGGAUGAGUUCUAGGGGUUUAAUGGCACAGGCAGGGAGCCCAGCCAACAGCGAGUUGCAGUAAUCCAGACGGGAGAUGACAAGUGCCUGGAUUAGGACCUGUGCCGCUUCCUGUGUAAGGCAGGGUCGUACUCUCCGAAUGUUGUAGAGCAUGAACCUACAGGAUCGGGUCACCGCCUUGAUGUUAGCGGAGAACAACAGGGUGUUGUCCAGGGUCACGCCAAGGCUCUUCGCACUCUGGGAGGAGGACACAACGGAGUUGUCAACCGUGAUGGCAAGAUCAUGGAACAGGCAGUCCUUCCCCGGGAGGAAGAGCAGCUUCGUCUUGCCAAGGUUCAGCUUGAGGUGGUGAUCCGUCAUCCAUACUGAUAUGUCUGCCAGACAUGCAGAGAUGCGAUUCGCCACCUGGUUAUCAGAAGGGGGAAAGGAGAAGAUUAGUUGUGUGUCGUCAGCGUAGCAAUGAUAGGAGAGGCCAUGUGAGGAUAUGACAGAGCCAAGUGACUUGGUGUAUAGGGAGAAUAGGAGAGGGCCUAGAACUGAGCCCAGGGGGACACCAGUGGUGAGAGCACGUGGUGCGGAGACAGCUUCUCGCCACGCCACUUGGUAGGAGCGACCGGUCAGGUAGGACGCAAUCCAAGAGUGAGCCGCGCCGGAGAUGCCCAGCUCGGAGAGGGUGGAGAGGAGGAUCUGAUGGUUCACAGUAUCAAAGGCAGCAGACAGGUCUAGAAGGACAAGAGCAGAGGAGAGUUAGCUAGCUUUAGCAGUGCGGAGAGCCUCCGUGACACAGAGAAGAGCAGUCUCAGUUGAAUGACCAGUCUUGAAACCUGACUGGUUUGGAUCAAGAAGGUCAUUCUGAGAGAGAUAGCAAGAGAGUGAAGCAGCCACAACUGUCAGUAAGAGUGUCUUUUGAAUGAAGAGAUAACUGUCCAGUUUGAGUGUUUUCAACAGUAUAUAACUGUUUAACAUUAGAACUGUUGUUUUCUCUGGUGGCAGUCGGAGCAGAAGUGGAAGCAGCUGGCAGAGCUGGCCAUCAGUAAGUGCCAGUUUAGCCUGGCCCAGGAGUGCCUUCAUCACGCCCAGGACUACGGUGGCCUGCUGCUGCUCGCCACCGCCUCAGGCAACGCCGCCAUGGUGGGCAAGCUGGCUGAGGGCGCCGAGCGGGACGGCAAGAACAACGUGGCUUUCAUGACCUACUUCCUGCAGGGGAAGUGAGUACAGAAGAGGGGGAAGGGGAACAGGCAGGUGGAUGGAGCACAUAAUGUGAUUUACACUGAACAAACAUAUAAACGCAACAAUUUAAACGUUUUUACUGAGUUACAGUUCAUAUAAGGAAGUAAGUCAAUUGAAAUAAAUGCAUUAGGCCCUAAUCUAUGGAUUUCACAUGACUGGACAGGGGUGCAGCCAUGGGGGGGCCUUUUAGGGGCCUUGGAGGGCAUAGGCCCACCCACUUGGCAGCCAGGCCCACCCAAUCAGAAUAGUUUUUCCCCACAAAAGGGUUUUAUUACAGACAGAAAUGCUCCUCAGCAUCACCCCUCCCCCACAGAUGAUCCUGCAGGUAAAGAAGCCGGAUGUGGAGGUCCUGGGCUGGCGUGGUUACACGUGGUCUGCGGUUGUGAGGCCGUUGGACGUACUGCCAAAUUCUCUAAAACGACGUUGUAGACAGCUUAUGGUAGAGACAUGAACAUUCAAUUCUCUGGCAACAGCUCUGGUGGACAUUCCUGCAGUCAGCUUGCCAAUUGCAUGCUCCUUCAAAACUUGUGACAUCUGUUGCAUUGUGUUGUGUGACAAAACUGCACAUUUUAAAGUGGCCUUUUAUUGUCCCCAGAACAAGGUGCACCUGUUUAAUGAUCAUGCUGUUUAAUCAGCUCUUGAUAUGCCACACCUGUCAGGUGGAUGGAUUGUCUUGGCAAAGGAGAAAUGCUGACUAACAGGGAUGUGCACAACAUUUAAGUUAAGCUUUUUGUGCGUAUGGAAAAUGUCAGGGAUUUUUUUUUCAGCUCAUGAAACAUGGGACCAACACUAUAUAUAUUUUUUGUUGUUGUUGUGUAAUAUCUAUGUUUAAGGAAUCUUUCUGACACCGGUGCUAUUCCUUCAUCCAUGUCAGUGAAGCAUCUGACUUCCUUGUUGUAGCUGUUAACAAUUAGCAAAAAUAAGCUCUUGGAAAGUACAUAACUCUACUCAUAUUUAUGAUAGGAGAACGUGAUUAGUAGCAGUGUUUUGGACCUCUCUCUGACACUGGUGUCUGGCUGUCUGUCUGUCCCCAGACUGGACCAUUGUCUGGAGCUGCUGAUCCGGACCAACCGGCUGCCUGAGGCGGCCUUCCUGGCCCGCACCUAUCUGCCCAGCCAGGUGUCCAGGGUUGUCAAGCUGUGGAGGGAAAGUCUGGCCAAGGUCAACCAGAAGGCGGCCGAGUCGCUGGCCGACCCCACUGAGUAUGAGAACCUGUUCCCCGGGCUGAAGGAGUCGUUCGUGGCCGAGCAGUUCCUCCGGGAGACCUGCCUGGGAAACUCCCGGCCGGCCACCGACUACCCUCUCGUCACUGUGAGUGGUGGAGGUUGGAGAUGGACCUCUAAUAAAUAUGAAUAAUCUGACGUUCACAUCUCAAAGCUGAAAGCUAGUUAUGGAUGCAUAUUUGCAGCACAGAAGUAGUCCACUCUCUCCAUCCUUAUCUCAUCCAUUGCUGUCUUUGUCUGCUUGUUGACACACAACACCCAUUCCUCGUCUCUUUUCUCCAGCCCAAUGAAGAACGUAAUAUACUAGAGGAGGCCACGGGCUACGAGCCCAAAGGAGCUCCCCUCGCUACACCGGUACUGGUAAGUCUUCAUUAUUCUCAGAGACCUCCACUACAAAGAAUAAUUGGUAGCCAACUUGAUUAAAGGCUGUGUAGUUCUAGUUCUACAUAGACAAUACAUUUUUUGAUAUCACAGACCUAGAAGUGGAAGAGUAGAGUUUGACAUCUAGAAAAGCCCUCGCGUGUUGGCUGGAUUGAAGAUUGAAACAGCGGAGAUGCUAAACUCAGACCUCACACACCUUGUGUGUACUGUGUGUGGAGUCCUGCUCAUGUCUGUCUGUGUGUGUGUCCAUCAGCAGGCUGAAGACAGCGGCGAGGAGACCGCGCCGGCAGCAGGCGUGAUGGCGUCCGUGUUGGCGUCCGUGGCUGCAGCCGUGAUCCCCUCGGAGGCAAAGCCUGAGGUUGCACCUGAGGAGGAGGAGGAAAGCCCCGGCUCAUCUGGGGCACAGAAGGACAAGGUAGGCAACGGUCUCCCCAGAAAUAGACAAAUGUACAGUAGGUGAGGCGCAUGACAAUUAAUGUACUGUACCCAGUGAGAAGAAAUCUAGAUGUAUGAACAUAACCCGUUGCAAUAUCAGUGUCAGUACCAUUAGUUGUGUUAUGGGCCAGGUGUUAACGUUGUGCGUUUACUUCCCCAGGCCCUGGACGAACUUGAAGACGACCUGGACAACAUGGAGCUGGACGACAUCGAUACCACAGACGUCAACCUGGACGACGACUUCUUAGAUGACUGAGACCCCCCCCCCCCCCAUCUCAUUCAC